UACAACAUCCCCCGCGGAAGUUUGUACAGAGAAUAGGGGUGCUGUCAGUUAUUUUCAAAAAUACGUUUUUCGCCACUAAUUCCGUCGCUUCGCGUGUUGCCUCGAGGACGAAGUCGAAAGACAAAUAGAAAAUGACUUUUAAAGGUUGAAUUUUGCAUCGAGAACAACAAAGCUUUCGUGGAGUGCUAGCACCUGACAGCUAAUAGUAUUGUUGUAAAUGUAAUUUAUUUUUUUUAAUCGCUCGUCAACUUCAUAAACAGCCUAGGAAAGAACCACAAAACGAUUUGAGCUGCAGUUUAGCAGCUGACCAGCUUUUACUAUAAGGUUAGUGUCAGCAGUGUUAUAUAUUGACAUUAGCGGGUUUUUUUGUUGCUUUUAUUAGCAUGCUAAGCUAGUUUGCUGCACGAGCUGGCUUUCACCAUUCUGGAUUUACAUCAAAUCAGCAUCACUUUUCAUACAGCGUCAUAAUUGUGUUAUUUACUGUCAUCUUCAGACGGCAAGAACUGUAAUGCAAGAGAGGUUCAUCAUGCGGGGAGAUUGUGGCAUGAAAGCAUGGGAGAGACUAGCACUCAGGAACAACUCUGUCACAAUUCUACAGGACUUAGUGGUGGAUGAUCUGCUGGUCCAGUGUCUGCAACAAGAUGCAAUCCUCACAGAAAACAUGGCUGAAACCAUUAUGGCUAUACCAACAUCCCAAGGCAAGAGUCGUCAGCUGUUGUUUCUUUUGCCUAAACGUGGCCCUCGAGCCUUCAGCAGCUUCUGUGCUGCUCUUAAGGUGACAGAGCAACAGCAUCUCCGCCGACUGCUCAUGGACUUCACUGAGAAAGACAAAAGCUUUUCAGAGCCAUCGCUGUCCCUUCCAACUCAGGAAUGUGUUAUACCUGCGAAAAGAGCCCGGACUCAUGAGUCCAUGGAGAUGUGUUUGGAUGCCGACUCUCCCGUGACAACAGCUGUUAUUCCAUGCACGCCGGAAUUUUACCAGUCCCGUAGACCACAGGCUUACCCGAUGCGCUCCUGCCCGCGAGGACUGGCCCUGGUACUGAGUAACGUGAGGUUUGACUCAGCUAACACGGAUUUAGACGUCCGGAGGGGAGGAGAGGUGGAUGAGGAGACGCUGAGGAGACUUUUCAUGGAACUGGAUUUCACAGUCAGCCUGCACAAAGACCUCACGGCUGAGGCAAUGCGCAGGUGCCUAGAGCAGUUUGCCCAGCGACAGGAGCAUGCAGAGUAUGACUGCACUGUUGUGUGUUUACUGUCCCAUGGAGUUGAGGGAUCUAUCUACGGCACUGAUGGACAGCUCCUGGAGCUGGACUGGGUGUUUGAGGUUUUUGAUAAUGCCCGCUGCCCUCUUCUCCAGAAUAAGCCAAAGAUGUUCUUCAUUCAGGCUUGUCGAGGAGAGGAGAUGGACAACGGCGUGGACCAGUUGGACGGUCAGGAACGGACUCAAUCUCCAGGCUGUGAACAGAGGGACGCUGGCAGAGAAGGGGAGAGAGACGACAAAGAGAGGGAGGAGAAAGACCGAGAGAGACUGAGACUCAAACUGCCCCAGAGAUCUGACAUGAUCUGCGGCUUUGCCACCCUCAAAGGUUUCAGCACUGCUGCAAUGAGAAACACCAAGAAAGGGUCCUGGUUCAUUCAGGAGCUGAACAGUGUCAUCCGACAGAGAGCCAACGACGCACACCUGGCAGAUAUUCUUGUGCAGGUGAACGGUCGAAUUAAGAGCAGAGAGGGAUACGCACCUGGUUCAGCCCAUCAUCGCUGUAAAGAGAUGUCAGAGUUCACCAGUUCCCUCUGUAAAGACCUCUACCUCUUCCCCAAGUACUACCCCAGCAACUAGACACAUGCACGCACAAACACUCCCCAGACACGAAGCACACGCAGAACACACUGCCAUCAGAGCCGAAGCAGUAGCGGCAGCUCAGCACACGUGUGUACAUCCAUCACCAGACACACAGACUCAUGCAAAUCUACUUAUACUCAUUCCAUGUGUCAUCUGUUUCACAUUCCUCAGCACAAUGACAGCUUCACCAGGAUGCGUGUGUGCUUUAACUAUAAAGGAUUUGCCAAGAUAGAUCAGUUUUUAGGUCGGAGGCUUUUUUUUCUUUUCUUUUUUAGAUGCACUUGCAAAAAUGUAUUGUUCCUUUCUUUUUUAUUAUUACUUUUUUUGCCUUGCCUUUUUGAACCAAUGAAAUUUCUACGGUUGAAGAAAUGUGUAAAAAAAAAAAACCUGUUAAUGUUUUCGUGAUUUAUAGGGGGAGACUGGGGUUAAAAAUAAUCCCAAAUGAAAUAUAUUUUUUUAUUCUAAUAUUUUUUUUUUUAUUCAGUAGCUGUAUAAAAUGCCACAUAAUGACCCUUUUUUAACCAAAGCCAACAUUUUAUCAUUUUUUUGUUUCAUCAAAUUUAUUGUUGUUUGUUUUACUUUGCACAGUUUUUUUUCUCAGUAAUUCAUGUUCUGUACGUUUUGUAAUUGUGGAGCCUUUUUAUAGCCAACCUAUAAACUUGUUGGUACGUUCAGAGCAGCUGUCACACAUGCAGGGCUGUAUGCAUAGACAUUGAUAGAAACAUUGUGCCAGUACUAUAGUAAACACCUUCAUACCAUUUCACUUAUCGGAAAUCGGAGCAGAGCCAAUUUGCUCGCUCUUUAUCAGUGCAGCUUUACGUGCAUUGUAUCAACAUCAGUACAAUUUUAAAUGAAUGUUUUCUGUUAGUACUGUGGCAUGACAUCUGUUAAUUAUCUUUAGUAAUCCUGUAUGCAUCAUGGCAGCUUUACUGAACUUUAACAGGGCUUCCUGACUCAAAGUAAACAGUUAAACUACUCCAUUUUGGUUGGCAUGUAAUAUUUAGAACAUUACUAAGAUGCAUAUCAGUACUUUUUUUACAGAUAUUUGUGCUAUUCUAAAACUUCCAAAUUCCAGUUGCAUUCCAAAUGGUGUUUCCAAUGUGGAGUAUUGUCAAAAUGAAGUGUAUAUAUCAUAAUAUUUCAUAUUCAUGCAUGUACAUAUGCAUAUUUCCUUUACCUCUUGCACAUCACUUUUCACUUUAAACAUUACGUGUGCCAACAAAUGCACAUUAUGGAGACUGAAAGUAUGCUGUCUUAAUGAAAAGCCUGCAGGGGGCGCUAGAGAGCUUUUGUAUUUCAAUAGCUCACCUUCCAGGAUUUAGACACAGUCUCUCUGUUCUGCACACACAACAUUAUUCCCCCUGGGACCGUAGGGUGUAAAUUUGAGUGUGCUGUUUUCCAUCUGUGCAUGUGUCUUCCUGAUUCAGUAGGCAUGAUAUUUAGGUUAAAGGUCAUACCUAUGACCUUUUGACACUGCCGUGGAAUCCAUUUCACAUUUGUCACCUUUACCAUAGGUUAUCACUCAACAUCAUUUGUUAAAUUUUAUUUUUAACUGUUUUUAGAAGCUAAAAUAUUUGACGUAGAUGUACACUGUUCAUGCUGAUACUAUUUUCAAGCAACUGUUCGUUUGUUGAGUUUUAUUUUGGUAUUUUAACCAAUAAGCUUGUUUGAACUGGGUGAAUAAUAUGGGCAUAGGUUCAUUUUAUGCAAACAUUAAAAUCUAAUAGUGAGGGGUUGGUGCAGAUAAUUAAUUUCUAAAAGAUUAAUUGCAUAAUAGGAAAAAGUGCCAUUAAAGUAUUACUUAAAAACAAAUUAACAAAUUUUGAACGAAGUUCAAAACUCAAGUAAGAAAUAAACGUAUAUAUUAAGACAUGUGUUCAUUUCAGACCCAAAGCUGUGUUUGUAAUUUCUUUAAUCCCACAGUCAUUCCAUUGAGAGAACGCCAGCACAUUUACAGUAUGUUCUCUAAAACCAGCCUAAACGUUCAUUUAAACAACUCCUCUAGCUGUAUUCAUAGAUAAUCAGUCUAUUUCUCAGGCUGUGUGUUUAGCACCUGGUUUUGAAUGCGUGACAUUCAGCGCUUCAGGUUCGAGUUGUAGUAACAAAUGUUUAAAAGUUCGAAGGUAUUAAAACCCGAAAUGAACAUAGAUGCAUAUUAUAAAAUCCAGUCCCUGCCGGACGAGUGCCUAGCCAACUUGAUAUUAAAUGGUUUAUUCACUGCCUUUUUCAUCCGUACUAAUCAACUAUGAAGGGUGCUUAAAGAAACUUUAGGGAAACUGUCAUUUUUGUAUUUUUGUAAUGCAAAAGCUGCCGUCUAAUAAAGAAACGCCGUUCCAAAGA